GAGUUGGGUUCUGGGCUCUUUGGAGACAUGGUGGCCUAGUUUUGUAGAAUCAAAGCAGGGAAAAUAAGCCUUAUUUUUUCUGCUGCACCUGCCUGCAGGAGUUGCAGCAUCUCACCUGCUAGAGUGUCUUACUGCCCUGACUAACCAGCCACCCCAGCACUCUAAAACUGGCAUGUUUAUUCUGGCUUGGCUUGCUAACCGUGGCAACAAGCCACUAUCCCCAGGAUCACAAGCCACACUGUUGAGGGGAAUCACUCAAACCCAACAGGUACGUGGGACAGGUGAAAUAAGCUGCUGUACUUUAUUUCCCUUGCCGUCUUAGUGCAAACCAGGUCACUCCAUGCAAUUUGAAAUUCAGUAUAUAUUCAGCAUAGACACAUGUUCCUCGUGCCUGUUGGGAAUCUCCCCCACUGCAAAGGCUUAUUCAAGUACGUGUGGGAGCAAGAAAACUCCCACAGCCUGACAUUCUGUUCCUUGUGUGGGUCUGUUAGUUCUGUGCUGAAGUGUACGUGCCGCUAUUAUGAGACAAACACUGCAUCCUGCAUUUUUGACCGCUCAGUGUUAAAAAAUACUGGAAGCAGGGUGCAUGAAAAGUUUUGGCUCUCUUGGAGCCCUGAAAACAGCUUAAUUACUUUGGGGGACACAGUUCAAGCCUUAACACUCGAAAGGGGGAAGCAUUAUCAUUUUAUUUAUUAUUUACACAGCUCCAUAAAUGUGGAGCAAGAGCAAGAUCAUUAUCCAGAGGAGCAUACAGUCUCAAUUUCAAUGACGCACAUAGGAAGGAAAGAGAGGUAAAAGUUGGGGUACACAAGAAAGAGUGAAUGUAACCCCCUGGGGGUUUGGGUGGCAUAAGCCAGGUUUUUAAUGUUUGGGUGACAAAUAGGUUGCAAGAAUUUCCCUGAAUUCAGAUUACAAUUUAAAAGAACUAAGCAGAGGUCAGCCUAAGGUUAGUAGCUGAACAGUCCUUCAUCAUUGUUUGGUAACAACCGGUUUCCAUGGGUAGUACAGCAACUUUCAAAAUCUAUACAUAGAGCCAGUGUCAAGGGUAGGCAUGCUUGGGCAUCCGUCAAGAGUCCAUAUCUCACUGGGGCCCAUUGGCCAGAGCCCUUUAGACUGGUUUCCCGUCAUUUUCCCUAUUACUCAGCUGCAUUCUUUUUUUUUAAGGCUUGGACUGUCCCUGAGACAGAAGAAGAGACGGAGCUGGGAAACUGCCAUGCUGGGAGAUAGAUGAAGGGUCAUGUAGCUCUGUGCUUUCCUGUUGGGACUUUCCUGCAGAUAAUUUGCAGCCAGGCAUGCUGGGGCUGCCAGAGCAGGAAAGCUGCAGUGGAAAGGCUCUGGCUAAAGCCUCGGAAUGCUCCGCGAGGGAAGUGUGGCAUGGCACAAAGCGCCAGUCACACAGGAGCAUGAGGGACCAUGUUCACCACUUAGAGGUUGGUAGGAGUGGGGCAGCUGCAGCUCAUGGGAACAAGCUCAAGCCAAGAGGUGCCAUCAUCCUGCCAGCCCCUCCCCCCACCAGAUCUGCGGCGGAAUACAGCCCCAGUCCGGCGCAUCGAGCAUUUGGGCUCUACAAAAUCCCUCAACACUGCAAAGCAACGGAACACAUUACCUAGAAGUUUCAGCCUGGAUCACGUAAUGGAACGCAAAUAUGACUUUGACCUUAUUUACAUCACGGAGCGCAUCAUCUCUGUCUUCUUCCCACCUGCUUUGGAGGAGCAGCGUUACCGUAGCAACCUCCGGGAGGUGGCCCAGAUGCUAAAAUCCAAGCAUGAGGACAAGCACAUGCUCUUCAACCUAUCAGAAAAACGGCAUGACAUCAUCAGACUGAACCCCAAGGUGCAAGAUUUUGGCUGGCCUGACCUGCAUGCCCCACCAUUGGACAAAAUCUGUUCCAUCUGCAAAGCCAUGGAGACCUGGCUAAACUCAGACCCACAGCAUGUGGUUGUACUUCACUGCAAGGGCAACAAGGGCAAGACUGGCGUGAUUGUAGCGGCCUACAUGUACUACAGCAAAAUCUCUGCAAGUGCAGACCAGGCCCUCAGCACACUGACCAUGCGCAAGUUCUGUGAGGACAAGGUGGCUGCCUCCCUGCAACCCUCCCAGAAGAGGUACAUCCAUUAUUUCAGUGGGCUACUCUCGGGCACAAUCAAGAUGAACAGCAACACCCUCUUUCUGCAUCACGUCCUGCUCCCGGCUAUCCCUGCUUUUGAGGCUGGAGGAGGUUAUCAACCGUUCCUGAAGAUCUACCAGUCCAUGCAGCUGGUCUACACCUCUGGGAUCUACAGCCUCCACGGAGCCAGCGGGACUCAGAAAGUCUGCAUCUCUCUGGAGCCAGCCUUGCUCUUGAAAGGGGACGUCAUGGUGAAAUGCUACCAUAAGCAGCUCCAAGGAACUGAGAGGGAUGUUGUGUUCCGGGUCCAAUUCCACACUUGCACCAUCCACAGCACCCAACUCUGGUUUAGCAAAGAUGAGCUGGAUGAAGCCUGGAGAGAUGAACGGUUCCCCUUUGAGGCAAGCGUGGAAUUUGUCUUCUCUUCUAGCCCUGAGAAAAUUAAAGGCCGGGAGACCUACAGGAACAAUGCUGCUGUUGCAGUAGAUUACAGUAUCUCUGAUCCUAUAGUCCGUUGGGACUCCUAUGAGAACUUCAACCUUCACCACGAAGACAGCUUGGAAGAUGUCUUACACACCCGGGGGCCCCUUGAUGGAAGCCUGUAUGCCAGAAUUAAAAAGAAAGGUGACCUGAGCAGCUUCUCCUCUGUCAACGGCAGCCCAAGCAGUCCAGAGUCCCCUCCGCAGCAAGGUGGGCGCCUCCUGUCCAUCAGCAGCGACUCAGGGCAUUCCUCCAUGCUGACUGAGAAGGCCGACGACAACACACCACCAUCCAGGCUGCAGCCCACUGCUGCGGAGAAGGAAGAGCUGGACCGGCUCCUGGGUGGAUUUGGUGUCCAAACUCGGCAGUCCAGUGAGGCGAAUGGUUCUCAUUCGCUCUCCCCCUCCGUCACCAAGGAAAGAGAGACGGCCAUUUUGGAAGAUGAGCUUUCAGAUAUGAGUCAACCAGCCACCCCUUUUUCCUACCAAACCCAGCGCUCAGGCCUGGCCCGGCAUUGUUCCUGUCGCCUCGGUUACCGCUCCCACAGCCCCGAGAGGCCUCAUAACAUGGUCUACUAUAGGCAAGAUGGCUCUCUGGAGCGCCGACAGGCAAUCUAUAAUGGUGGGCACUCCCACAUGCAUCCUGAAGGCUACGAGGAGAAAAGGCGUGUGUUUCGCUCUCUUUCUGAGGGCAUUCAGCCCCACUCCUACCCAUUCAGCCACGAGCCGCCGCCACCCCCGCCACCGCCCCUGCACAGUCCCAGCCAGCAGGAGCACGAGGAGUUGCUGAUCUUGGAGGACCCCCCCACAUAUUUAUGCCCCUGCCAAGACUGCCAAGAGGUAGCCCGUGAAGAUGCCAGGUUGCCCACAGCUUCCUUCUACAGCCUGCGACUGAACCGGGAACCAGAUCUGUGGGGGGUGGAGAACAUGAGGCCACCCCUGCUCCAUCAUCCCCUCCACCGGAGUGGGCAGCCCAUGCCACUUCUGAUGCCAGUCCCCUAUGGGCACCCCCACUUGUCGCAUGGGCAGCAGCAAGCCUUUAACUUUGAGCCCAAGAUGGUGACCAUGCACACAGGCCACAGCUACCAGGCCCACCAGAGGUCCAAGGUAACAGACGAGAACAGCGAGGCAUAUCCUUACCCACGCUACAGCCCAGCCUACCCUCCAGUGCCAUCAUAUGCCUAUGGCAGAGCCCCGGUCAAGCCCUGCAUGCCUCCUUACGUCUCUGGAUACAUGGGGUCUCCCCACUCAGGCUCCAUGCCCCCAACCAGCCCACUAUAUCCUCCAGCCAGGAAGCAUGGCUGUGAGCCCCCUGAAGGCAGCAAUGGAUACCUCCUGCCGGCGCCCUCCGAAAGACCUCAUGAGAUGCAAGACUGCAGAGAUGCUGGGCCCCGGCAAGAUGCUCUGAGGCCCCUGCAGCAACAGCGGCAAGAAGCACGAGCUGCUAGUGCAGACAUGUCUGGCUCCCCCUUACCAGUGCACACCAGCAGCCCAGUAUUCAGCAGUGACAGCCCUGGAAUCUUCAAGCACAGCAACAAGGCCAGCAGCCCUCCUGAAAGCCUGCACCCAUCAAGCCCGGAGCAGCUGGCUUCUUCUGGCUGGAAGAGAGGCCCAGAGAAGAUGGCUUUGUCAAGCAGCCCCACGCAGGUUCUCUCCCCGAUGCAGGCCUUCACCCACCUCCCCUCCUUCAGGCCACAAGCUAAUGGAGCAUCCCUGAGUCUAGGCCUCCCGCUGCCACAGCCCUGCUCCCGCACCCUCUGUGUGGCCAGCCCGCUGCACCUCGCCUCCUCGCCCACAGCUAAGUGUGGGGUCUUUCCAGAGGGCCAACUGCAGCAGAACGUCUCAGAAAGAUCCAGCCCUCGUGCCACGGUGGUCUCCCAGGAGUUACCCCCAGAAGGCGCUGCAGGGCAUCAGCUCAGUCCUGUCAUGGAAAGACCAGCCCAGAGGAGCAGCUCCGGUGUUUCCUGCCCCAGCCAGCCCCUUCCUGGCUGCAGGGCUGUGUCCAGCGCCCCGGCCUCGCCUCAGAUCCCUGUUGGCUACAACAGCCGGCCUCCCAGCGAGAGGACUGAACCUGAGACAAGCACUCUUCUUCACCACCCCAACAGCAACCCCUCCCUUGGGCUCUGCCCAGUCAGCAUCCAGUCGCCGGCUGCCGGAUGCAGCUUUGCUGACACGCAAGGCUCACCAACCCCAGCCUUCCCUAUCGCCACAGCCUACUACACGGGGGUAGAGGGCAGCCCCUCCAGCCGGGACCGACUCUGUGAGCUGCCGCAGCCUCCGCUGCCUGAGAAGCAUCACAUUCUGGCAACCAGAAACUGGGAGAGGGGCUCUCCACCUGGCCGUAGCCCUGGCUCUGCUCACCAUGUCACCUUUGCUCCUGGAGUACCUGAUGGAAGCACACCUGGCCUAGUUGCACAGCAACAGAACCAGGCCAGUGUCAAAUUUGUCCAAGAUACAUCAAAGUUCUGGUACAAGCCUAAUUUGUCCCGGGAUCAAGCCAUUGCCCUCCUAAAGGACAAGGAGCCGGGCACAUUCCUCAUCCGGGACAGCAACUCGUUCCAGGGGGCCUACGGCCUGGCUCUGAAAGUGGCCACACCUCCACCCAACAGCAUCAACCACUCCACCAAAGGAGACCCUGCAGAACAGCUGGUGCGCCAUUUCCUGAUUGAGACAGGACCCAAGGGAGUGAAGAUCAAGGGCUGUAACAAUGAACCCCAUUUUGGCAGCCUGCCAGCCCUGGUGUCCCAGCAUUCCAUCACUCCCAUCUCAUUGCCUUGCCAUCUCCUCAUCCCAAACAAAGAUAUUGUGGAGGAGAGCAUCGAGCUGACUGUUCCCACCAACAUGAGUACAGCUGCUGAUUUGCUGAAGCAGGGAGCAGCCUGCAGCGUGCUUUAUCUGAGCUCAGUGGAAACAGAGUCCCUGACAGGUCCACAGGCCGUAGCCAAAGCAGCCACCAGCACCCUGAGCACCACCCCCCGUGCUUCUGCUUGCAUCGUGCACUUCAAGGUGUCAGCCCAAGGCAUCACGCUCACCGACAACCAGAGGAAGCUGUUUUUCCGGCGUCAUUAUCCAGUCAGCAGUGUCACCUUCUGCAGCACAGAUCCUCAGGACCGCAGGUGGGCCAACCCAGAUGGAACCACAUCCAAGAUCUUCGGCUUUGUGGCCAAGAAGCAGGGCAGCCCAUGUGAGAAUAUUUGCCACCUCUUUGCUGAACUAGACCCUGAGCAACCAGCGUCCGCCAUUGUCAAUUUCAUCACCAAGGUGAUGCUGGGAACUCACCGAAGAUGAAGGCUGCCGGGAGGUUGCACCAGAUCUCUUGUCCUGCAUCCCUGAUGACUCCCCAGGUGGUCCAUGCCAUCUACAGUGUGAUGCAGGAUCCCAUACAAUAUGGGGAGAAGGUCCUUUUGGGCAGGUUGGCAGGCCUAGAUGAUGAUGCUUCUAGGACUCUGCUAUCCUUUCCCUUGCCCUUCCCACUUUUUCCCCACUCCUAUAGGCCAGCAGAAUGAGUGCAGAAAAAAAGGAAGUUGAGUGUGCACCUACUUUAACUUACCCAAACAGUGGAAGGUGAAUGUCUUGACAUGAUUUUGCAAGCAUGAAAGCAGGCAUGAAGCUGCAUAAAGGAGCAUAUCUGAUUUUUCCAUUUGCAGAGCCAAGGUGUGGCUUGGGCAUAUUUAAGAGCCACUGUAUAUAAUCUGGUGGCAAACACAGUGCUGGGAAGUGUGCAGGCCGCUGCUCUAUUGGAAAACUUGUGAGGGGGUAUGUCCUUUUUGCAGAAGCAAAAUGUCCCCCAACAGUGGGGGGGGGGGGGAGGUGGCUGGGUGGGAAGAGGCUGCAAGAGGGUAACAAGGGGAAAGGUUAGGGUUGCUUUUGUCUAUGCUUGCCACAUGACAGCAGAGAAAGAGCACCCAACUUCUCAUUUGCCUCCAAACAUGAAGAUCAGUCCAACAUGACUGUAAAUUCUCAUUAGACUUAUCAGUAUCUAAAUUUGCAGGUGUUCAGCUUAGGAACCAAUGAUUCAUGGUAAAAGUUUGACAAGCUACAGCUGCAAGGCAGGUCUUCAGUGUUUUGGAAUCCUAAAUAUUUUAAAACUGCCCUCCUUUUCUCCCCUUUUUAUUCUUUGCCAGCCCUAGCAGUUUCUUGGUCCUAGCCAAGCCAGCUGAGGGCUGAGAGCUGGCUUUUCAUUACUUUCCUAAUCCCUGCUGCUAUUCAAAGCAGAAAGACUUCAGUUUCUGAUGAUACCUGUGCAUCUAUACCUUGUCCAGCAUUGGCCCUUGCAAAAGUCUGCCCAGGGAUAAGAUUGAUGCAAUUUGCUAUCAUGGGGCUGGAAUCCUUGAACUUAUUGCAACCUCCAAUCUGCAUCUUGGAUAAAGUGAAUGAGUUAAGUAAUGAAAAAGACUCUGAUCAAGCAGUGGCUCUUUGCUUACUUCUCAUAUGCUGAGUUUUAGCUGUAAACAGUAGGUGAAAAGAAUUAUACACGCAGCAGAAAAACACAGGGACAUGUAAAUAGUCUAAGAUAGACAGCAAGGGGUGGGACUCUUUUUAGGCUGUUUGGGGAGGAGAAAAUGGGGAGAGGCAAAUGAGCAUUCUGGCCAAUGCAGAUUUUGUUUCCUCAAAGAAAACCUGAUUGAAGCAAAAAGCACUAUAAGCAUAAUCUAUAAAAAUAAGCAAACUCUGUCAGGGAUGGCCACACUCGAGGUGGUUUCCAGGGUGCUGAGCAAAUGGGUUAGGUCAAAAGCUAUUAAUGUAUAAGCAUUCCAGACAGAGGGCUCCUAGCAUACCCAAUUAAAAGACAAGGUAAUAGAAUAAUAGUGUCCCUCCACCAAGCAAAAAGAACAGUGUGGAAAUAAAUCGUAGACAAUGGUACUUGGGCCCUAUAAAAGGGGUUAAUGAGGCAGGAUGACAGCACAAUAAAAGUUUUUUGUUUUUUGGAAACAUCCUCUGACCAUGAUGCUCAGGAGUACUUUGGCCACCCAAUUCUAUAAUGGAGCCACAUUUGUGACAACAGGCAACUGUAUGUGCUAAAGGGUGCAAAGAGCAGGGCUGAGAGAGUCAGCUGUAUUGACAAAGAGAGGGUACCUAGUUUGCAGCGCAUCAAAGCCUUGUAGAGGCAGCAUAUGCCUAACAGGCAGAAGAGAAUGGGGGCUCUGUUCCCAGGUUCUAGCCAAUUAUAAGGGAGCAGUAGUGUAGGCUUUAGGAGCAGAACCAAGGAAUCUUGGUUCUUAUGUUUGCUUGCACAGGAAAGCAGUAAUACUGAGUUCUUGGCUUAGGUUUGGAUUAUUUGGACCUGCCCAAGUUCAAUUCCCAUUUAUCCCCAAGCAGACUUACAAAUGACUCAAAUGAAACAAAACAAAUUCCCCAUCAGAGGAAAACAGCAGCAUCCUCUUUAUAGCAGCAGCAAUUUCAAAAGCUGUUGUAUGGCUUCUAGAACAAGUGACAUAGCCUUGUAUAAAUACAAGGAGUCUUCAAGUACAAGGACUUUCUCUGGAGUCUUCUUGAUAUUUUGGGUGACAGGUCCCAACUAUUGACUAUGCUGACUGGGGCUGAUAAGAGGUCACACACAAAAUAUCUGGAGGCAUUCAAGCUGGGAUGGUUGUUCUGGAGGACUUUCAGGUAUCAGGCUAUUGAGGAAAUGGUUAAAGCACCCAAUCCCUUAUAAAUCACUUUCUUGAAUUUACUUUUCUCACAGAAAAAGCAUCUGUUGGGCUUUAGUAUAUAAUUUAUAGUUAAGCUCUCAGCCACUUGAUUCUGGGCAGCUAAUAAGACAAUUACUUUUUUUUGCUCUUAAGUUUUAUGACUGAUGCAAAAGAUGUGUGAAGUUCAAUUUUUUGGGAAGGCAAAAACCUUUUAAAUUGGGCAGAUGGUUCCAGCAAUUUGAAGUCCCAGAUUACCUAUUUAAAAAUGUGGGGUUCAAUUCUUUUUUUCCCCACCUUUCCAAAAAUCCCUCUCUUAUUAGAGGGACAGAAGGCCUGUUCUCCUUUGCAUGCAGUUCUCAUAAGGAAGCUAAGUGAUGUAAAGACCAGGAUUAAUGAGUAAAGGGAGGAACACAGAAGUGCAUGAAAUGCAGAAAUCUUGACCUGCCAAAGGCCCUGCAUCACACUUGUUCUGGGUGGAACAGAAUUUUUUUCCUAGCAAGCACUGAUGCCUACUUCUAGGCUUUGUCUUCCUUAACUAGUAAGAGGACUGAAUGUGGGAGAAGGCCAUGGGGCACCUUCUGACACCUGUCUUGGCCUUUACCAAGAAACUCCAUUUCUCCAAUUUGGUUUCAGGUUAACAUAUUUUAUUCUUCACAGUUGGGCUUUCUGUGAACUAGCUUGCUAUUGGUGCUUGAACCCAUAGCUUCAAAGAGAUUGUUUAAUAUAUUAGGCUUAAGAACCACUGAAUUUUCUGUACAAGUGACCUCGCCUUUGCUACAGCUCCUUUGAUAACAGUUUUGCAGUAGUGCUCUGGACAGUUGUAUGAAUGUGGCCACAGCCCAAAAAGGUUGCCUAUCCCUGGACUGGACCCUUGGUGAGUUUUAAAAAAACAGUGACAACAAAGAAAUUGAGAAUUGUAUGAUGAUAUAUGAAUAGUGUGGACAAUAGCUAUUUUGAUUUAAUUUUCAUUGGUGAGAAAUAUAGAAAGCACCAGAAAAUACCAGAAGCACAAGAGUUGUGCUUGGAGGAGUAUCUGCAUCUCAUCUUUUUAGGCACCUCCAAUGCUGAAGCAAGGGAGGCUGGCUAGAUUAUUUGAGAGUGCACAUUAGUGGGAGAAGGCAAGCAUGGCUGGUGAAAAGGGGGCUCUGCUGUUAGCCCUCAGUUCCUUGAAGUAGGGAAAAAGGGAGGGCUGGGUUAGAACAGAUUUCUAUUUUUGUCUACUAAAGAAUUUAUCUAUGAAUGUUAGCCAGAGAUGUCUUGAUAAUAUAUAUCUAUAUGGGGGUAGGGGGGGAGAAAGCAGCAAUACUAAGUUUGGUUAUUUUUUUAUAACUGUAUUUUCUCCUUCCUGUAUAAAUGACAAUACAAUUCCUGUUUAUUCAGAAUCAACACAGGAAAAAAAAGGCA